AUGGAAGCAAACUCAUUCAAGACGAUACUCUACGAAAAGUCCCCAGACGGCAAGAUCGCAUAUAUAACUCUGAACCGUCCCGACCGAUUCAAUGCCAUCGACGGCCACCUCCCAAGGGAUCUCCGAGACGCUGUGAAACUAGCCAACGCAGACCCAACUGUGCACUGCAUCAUCCUGAAAGGGAACGGACCUGGCUUUUGCGGGGGCUAUGACCUCGACAUCUACUCCCAGAACGCGGUACGCGGAGAGACGGCUGGAUCACAGGAUCUCUCCAAGGGAUACGAUCCCUUGAUCGAUUACACCAUGAUGAAAGAGAAUACCGACUGCUUCUCAGAGCUAUUUCAUAGCCACAAGCCGACAAUUGCACAGGUCCAUGGUGCCGCAGUGGCGGGCGGAAGUGACAUCGCCCUAUGCUGCGAUCUGGUUAUCAUGGCAACCGAUGCUCGCAUCGGCUAUCCUCCGAGUCGGGUCUGGGGUUGUCCGACUACUGCGAUGUGGGCUUUUCGGAUUGGAGUUGAAAAGGCUAAGCGGAUGCUCUUCACGGGUGACUUGAUCAGUGGAGCUGAGGCGGCGGAUAUGGGACUCGUUCUUAAAGCGGUGCCCGAGGAGGAGUUGGAGGAAACAGUGUUGCUGUUGGCAAAUCGCAUUGCGUCGGUCCCGCAAAAUCAACUGUGGAUGCAGAAACAGGUGAUCAAUGGUCUUAUCGAGGGGCCUCUGCUUAGAAGCCAGAAAUUAUCUACGAUAUUCGAUGGUAUCACCCGCAACUCGCCUGAAGGUGUUGCAUUUCAGGAACUGAGUAAAGAGAAAGGAUUCAAAGCUGCCAUUCACGAACGUGAUAGCCCGGCGAGAUCGGAGAGAUAUGGGAAGGUGUGGAAGAGUGUGCUAUAG